UGAGGAGCGGAAGUAGACCGACCAUUUUGAAAUUCUGCACCGCCUGGCGUGAUGGAUAAGGGCCACACGGUGAAGUUAUUUGUGGGGAACUUGGCCCUGGACACCACGCAGGAGGAACUCUCCGCCAUUUUCGAGUCCUACGGCCAAGUGGUGAGCUGCAGCGUCCUCAGGCAGUUCGCCUUCGUCCAUCUGCAGGGAGAGGGCGCCGCCGAGCGGGCCAUUCGGGAGCUCAAUGGCCGAGAGUUCAAAGGUCGUAACCUGGUGGUGGAAGAGUCGCGAGGACGGCCGCUUCACUCCACCAAAGUGUUUGUGGGUAACCUGAGUGGCAUGUGUACCACAGUGGACCUGAAGGAGCUUUUUCAGACUUUCGGGAAGGUCCUGGAGUGUGACAAAGUUAAAGCCUGGCACUCUUCCUCCACAGGCUAUGCCUUUGUGCACAUGGAGAACAAGGAGGAUGCGUUACAAGCCAUCGAAGCCUUACAUGGCACCUCGUUCAAGGGACGUCCUCUCUCCGUGGAGUUGUCUAAAGUCCAGCCCAGCAAGCAGACACCGACUGGAAAGAUCCCGUGUGUUAGCUGCGGCAAACAGGGUCACUAUGCUGGUGAGUGUCCCAGUGGGAAACCUGCUCUGGAGCAGUACCAGAGUCAAGCGGCGGUGUUGGCCGCUGCGGCUGCUGCUGCCGCUGGACUUCCACUUCAGGUACAGCAAAGCGUCCACAACUCGGUCUACAACACCACAACGUUUGACCCCACCUAUGCUGCUUUGACUGGCUUGACUGCUGCCGGAGCGAGAGCAGAAGGAGCAGCCACUGUCGCACCUGCUGUAUAUGGAGCACUAGCUAACCAAGUUUACGGAACGGUUGCUAACCAGCUCUAUGGAGGCACAAUGGCUAAUCAAGCUCUUAGCACUGGGGCCACUGCAGCUGCCGCACAGGUCUAUGGCUCUCUUAACCCUGCCCUUUAUGGCCAGAUGACAAGCGGAAGCGUUGCAGCGGCUGCCGCUGCCGCUGCUGCCUAUGGACCGCAGGUUUACACGUCUGCAGUUGGGAACCCUGUGUUUUUAGCUGCAGCACCUAGCAUGGAAGUACCUGCCGCUGCCGCAGCUGCUGCUGUUAACCCAGCCUAUAGCGUAGCUUCUGCCCUCUACACCGCCAGCCCAGCUUACAGCACAUUGGGAGCAGCUGACCCAACGGCCAUCUUUGAAGCAGCAAGAGCUCAGUACUUUGCACAAGGACAGCAGGUACUAGCUGAGCAGCAGCAAGCUGCAUCAAAAUCUGGGGAAAGGGACAGGAGCCCGCUCAGAAGAUCAGCACCUCUGCUUCCUGACCCGGUUAUGAAGCCUUUCAUGUACCAGAGGGCAAAGCGCCGCGCGCUACUGCCUACUCCUGCAGGACGGGAAGAAGCUGCCGCCCAAGAGGAGGAUGCUGUUGCCAGGUACUACGCAGAGUACUAUCAACAGUACCAGCAGCUCGCCCAGUACCCCCAGUACCCCACGGUCCACUAUUCAGCCCCGAGCCCACUUGCAGCGGUGUCUGCCAUCCCCACGUUGUCUGCCGUUCCUGCCGCGCUCGACUCGCUCAGGCCAGUGCUGCCCGCCGCCCCCGUUCCUGCCGCUGCCGCCAUCGCCGUGGCAACGUCCCGCGUGUAUGAGCCGCCGCCGAUUCCGCCGUCGCGCAAGGAUCCCCUCCUGCGCCGCUCCGAACUCGCCCUGCACCCUCCCGAAACGCCCUUCCGAUAGUGUGCACUACCUCCUACUGUCCCCCCUUCUCUCCUUGCGCCAUGUCUCUGACUGUGUGUGUAUGCGUGUUGUGCCUUGACGGAGAGUGUCUGCGGUCACUCUUAGCAGGGGAGACGUCUGUGAGUGUGUGUGUUUGUGUGUGUUUUGUCUGGGUGCCUUGGCUUUUAAGGACUGUAAUAUCUGACCUUGGUCCUGAUCACACACCCGGUGUAGCGAGUCGUGGGUUAGGAAAGGGGAAGAGUGCUCACUUUUAUUCUCACACACACACACACACAACCUACAGUGUAACAUUUCACAUCUCAAACCUGUAGAUAGCUUUAACGUGUAGGCUAAACUAUUAUGAUGUUUUAUGUAUGUAAGUGUUUAUAUAUAUAUAUAUAUAUAUAUAUAUAUAUAUAUAUAUAUAUAUAUAUAUAUAUAUAUUAGCCAAUGAAUUAUGCUGUACUUGAGAUUUUUAAGAUUUGCUUGAAAUUAUUAGAGGAACUAUAAACCAGUUUACACAUAUAUUAAUAGAAUCUGUACAUAAAUGUAUAAAGGCGCAUUGUAAUUGAUGUAUGUUUAACUCCUGAGGUGUGUGAAGUACAGGACCAGGGUUUGGCAUUGUUUAUGUGUGUGUUUGUCCUUAGUGUCUUUGAGACAUAGUAUGCGUGUUGACGUCAGUUGCAUUUGUUGCAUUGACGGAAUGACAGGCACACACACACACACACACACACACACACCAUGCAUUUAGGGAAACUGCCUUGAUCUUCUACCACAAUGCAUACACACCCUUGAGAGAGGGGUUAAACAGAAAAAAAAAAACAAGAGGGAGAGAGAGAAAAACGAUCUGAUGACGUGUAUCACUAAUCCCCAUCCCACGUCACCCAUCCUGAAAGCUGAAAGACACUGUGAAUCCUUUUCGCUUUUAUUUGUUUUAAUGUAGCUACACCUGAGAAACAGGGAAUAGCCAAUUUGGGAAAGAUAACAUGGGUCGAUGUGCCAUAAUCUGGGAUCGGUCCUCUCGGCCAGUUGAGGCUGACUGGACUUUUAUUCAUUGACUUAACUGCCAUUUUGCAUUGUAGAGGCAUUUUGGAAGUACUAUUAAUGAUGAUCGUGUUUUUUAUGAAAUGUACUAAACCGGACUCAAGCAUCUUAAAAAAAAAAAAAAAAAAGGAAAAAAAAAGUCCAUAAUCUUUGUUUACAGCCAUGAAUGAGAAGUAGCUUUUUACAGAAUGAACAUGUUUAUAGCCAAAAUAUUCUUAAAAAAAAAAAAAUCUCAGUGACUUUUUAUUCUUAUGCCUUAUUAGAGAAAUGUAUAAAAGCGUGCUAUUUUUUUUCGAUUGUAGUCUUAAAAUGUGAAACCCGACAGAAGCCAGCACAACGAAAGCGCUCUGUGUCGGUGUUGGAUUUACAGAAAUGGGAGAUCAGUUUCUUUCAGUCUUCUGUCCCAUUCGCUGUAUACUAUCACUAGACUGGCCCUCAUGCAUCCUCCAUCUCUUUCCAUCUUUCUUUGCAUCUGUCUUUAACCGUGUGCCAUGGUUACCAUCGCCAUCUACCUUACACAAACCUACACAAUGAAGAGAUGAGCGUUAGAAGGAAUGUCUGAGAAAAUGACGUCUUCGUUUGUGUAGUUCCUAUGUACAAAUAUUACGGAAUACUAAGGGUCUAUGCAUGGGCUUUGGGAAAAAAAGACAAGUAACAAUAUAUAGUGUAACCAAGUAUAUAAUAAAAAUGUUUGAUCUUAUGAAAGUAAAGGGAGAGAAGUUUAUUUUUGUUUUGUUUUGUCUUAACAUUUUUUUAUUUUUUUGUUAAUGUUUCAUAAUUGUUUUUCUUCUGUGAAACGACUAGACUCAAAUGAAUGGGAGCCUUGAGAGGAAGUGAAAGGACUAGAGACUGCCCCCACUGUUCCUCUCAGUUUCUGUGGAUGGGGUAAGUUGAGGGUGACCCUCGCUCUGUCCCCUUAGCUUUACCAGCCCCGAAGGAGCUGCACUACACCACGCUGCACCUUUGAGUAAAUAACACCCAGCGCCACCCUCUAAAAUCCUCCACAAUGCGAGUUUGCUACACUGGGCAAUGUUAAGUUGCUAUUUUUUUUUUUGGGAGAACAGCACUGGUGAAGCUUUGUGUGUAUCACUUAAAAUUUGUGCAAUGGCUCUCAGAGAUCUUGUACCCGACCCUGUCUCGAGAGUUGUUCAGCUGACGCUUUGGUUUCUGUAACGUGUUGGAUGUUGUGCAUGUUAUAUAUUGAUUUUCUUUUAAAAAAAAUAUUAUUAUUAUUAUUAUUACAAAACCCAAGAGCGAAUCUUUCUGACUUCAUUGUCCCGACUGAACUAGGUCCCCCAAAGGAACUGUGGACGCCGUUGGUGGGGUGAGGACGUUUAGCGUCGCACAAUGCACAGGAAGCUCUCUCUGUCUCCAUGCAGGUAAAAAGCACUGUGCUUCGCCCCACCCCCUUCCUCCUCGUCCACUGAUAGCGCCUGCGCCUGUACCGAACACCUGCUCUUCUCCCCCCACUACCCCACCUCCCCCUCUAGUCUCCGCUCCUCUGUCAACAUCAACACAGCCACUGGGAAUCCUCCAUGGGCCCAAGUUACAGCACAAUAUAAUUUUUUUUCCCCUAAAAGAAAACACUGACAGGUUUUGCUUCGCAGCUUGAGUGACAGCAGGGGCUAACAAUUUGCUUCUGCUGCUUCUGUUGGGCCGAUAUUCAUGUUGCUGCGAGGAAAGAGUGAGUGUGUUAGUGUCAUGAAUCUUGAGUGAAUGUUAGUAGUUAUACCUGAUAAGUCAAUGUGUGUGUGUGAAAGUGUGAAGUGACUGGUUGAAGCUGUAGUCAAGAGUGCUUGGGUGUUGGUCUGUUCAGCAUCUCAAGGCUUGGCAGAUGUGGAGCCCCACUUAGUAUAUCGCCGAUCUCGCUUGUCCCCUACCCCAACUCUUCCUUUUUACACUCUUCCUUUUUUCCUCCCACCUGGCCCCCUUCCUACCCCCAAACCGUCCUGGAGUUUGUUCGCCGUACACACACAGCUUGCCGCCGUCCUCGUCGCCUUCCCAAAAACCGGCUCUCUUGAGUUUGUUCGGUGUUACGCACUUGCUGCCUAACCGCCUGAACGCACCCCUGAAGAUUUUGCUAGACAUGCUGUGUCAGGUACUUAAACUGAUAGUUCACCCUAAAAACAACAACCUCAGACUCUGUAACUAGAGCUUCAGACAACGAUGAUAUAACAUUCUGCCCUUCCAUCAUGAGAUCACAAGUUUGAUCCACCAAACCAGUCAGUGUGGUUGUGGGAAUUCAUUCCAGCCAGCAGAAGCAACGUCUGAUAGUCGAGGUAAAUAAACAAGAGGAAUCAACUUUGGCUUCUGCUUGUUUGGAGUGAAAAGCCUAGAGACACACAAUCACUUUGCUAAGAAGUUUGGACCCCCCCUUAAAGGGAAUGAAAUAAAGAGACUUCUAGGUUAAUCAGGACAUGCUCUUCAGUGUAACUUCUGCUGUAUGAGCACUAGUUCAAAAAGAUCUGCUUGCUUCAUGUUACUCAGAGGAAGCACAUUGUGCCACUGAUAAUCCUUGAUGGUUUUGACCAAGAACUAUUUUUUUAAUUCAUGAAACCCUUUCGCUUAUAAUUUUUGUCUAGAGCUCUUAGUUACCGUUUCUGAGAUUUAGGGUGGAAAAUCACUUUAACUUCCUCCUCGUGGGCUCUCAGUUGAAACCCUGUGAUUACACAUUGACAGUUGAAAGCCACCCUUCACCCCUAGAGGGUGUGUUAAGUGUCAGAUUUUGUUCCAGAAGACCUAAUCCCAUCUAUUAGGCAUGAAUUAUGUAAGUCAGGUCUCCCUUUUCUGGGUGAAACUGGAACAAAAGGCUCUCGCUGUAGGCUGUAGAACGGCUCUUUCACAGGUAUCGUUAACUGUCUUCAAGUAACAUCCGUUAAAAGUAUACACCAGAUGUUGAGUUUGCUGAUGAGCACACAAAAGGGACGUGAGUCGGGAGUCCAGAUGGAGAUAAAUGCAACGUCUGGUGAAUACUGACUUGAAGAUUAGUGAACUUGAUGUCAUUUGUCUGAGGGUGUGUCUGCCGUUAACCUAGUUUUUCUAAACUUUUUUGAAGUGUUGUAAUCUUCUUUGAGUUUUCAGCCUACAUUAAGGAUUGAGGAGGACCUCACAAAAUAAGAACGUUUGACCAUUCUGACUCUGCCUUUAAUUAUAAUUGUGUUUUGUACAAGGUUACUGGUCCCACACACUUAGAAAAAAAAUGGGUUUCUCAAGGGUUCUUCGCAUGGUUAUGGGUUUUUGCUUUCAAAAGGAACUUUUCCUGAAUUUAAGAUCCUCUGUUGUACAGUUAUGCGUAGGUUACAUGGAGAUAAUUACUAGUAUCAUAUAUAUAUUUGCUCAGAUUGGAUCUGCAAGUGAGGCACCCAUCUCCUGAAAAUCCUUGCAUGCACACAUCAGUUUCUUUGGUCAUUACACUAUUGUGUAAAGGUUUGGGUAAGUUCUAGUUUUGCAUAAUUCAUUUAUGCUACAAUAAUGUAUCCUGGGAGAUGACAACAAUGACAUGAGUUCUCAUCUGAUUGUUUUUAUUGUUGAAUUGCCACAUAUCAUUUAUACAUCCAGUUUAGGACAACAUAUGAAAGUGGCCCAGGUCUGAUUUACAAAGAUUGGAUAUUUAUCUCCAUAUAAUUGUGAAAACAAUGACAUCAGGCAGAAAAUCUUGGUGGUAGGCUCCUUCAAUUCAAUUAAAUUGUAUUUGAGUAUUGCUUCAACAAUGGUCAUUGUUACAAAGGAGCUAUACAGAAUUAAAGAAAAAAAUAUGGAAAUGUACAAAAACAAUUAUAAACUAUAACCAUCUCUUUGUCCCCGGUGAGCAAGCCGGGCCGGAGACGAUGGACAGGAUAACUCCCUGAGAUGACAAUAGGAAGAAACUUUGAGAGGAACCUGGUUCAACAGGAAAGCCAUCCUUAUUUGGGUGAUAUUAAACAGGCUUCUUACCUGCCAUGUGGAAGGCCUGUGUUUGAUUCACGUUAUUUGGUCAUUAUUAUUGCCAGCCCUACGACUGACUGUAAAUAGGAGGGUUGCACCUCGAAGGAUAUCCAGUAUUAAACCUGUGCCAAAUCAAAUGUACAGAUUAUAUGGUCCACUGCCAAGAUAAAGGUGAUAACAGGAAAAGCCGAAAGAAUAACAACAAAGGCUUCAUUUAUAUUACCAGUCUGUGACUUAAAUCUAAUUUUUACCCUAAAGUGAUACAGAUCAGAUAUAUUUUUGGGGCUGUCUGAACGCACAAAUCUGAGUCACUGUUGUAAGUGGUAAUAGAUUGGAUAUAUAUAUCCGAUAUGUGGUCAUGCGACCUGAAGGAGAAAGGGCAGAUCAGAAGUCGUAUGACUUUUUGCCUUUGUGCCAAGUAAAGAAGGGCAUCUGGCUUUCUUCCUUCUUCUGAACCUCAUCAAAUACAGCUGACUAACUGCUUGCCUCCAGAGCAAAA